UCUGGGAGCUUGUGUGUGGAGGCUGGGACCAAAGGACCGUCCUGGGGACGUCGGAGGGAGGGAAAGGGUGUUUCUGGGUCCCCAGCAACAGCUUCUCUGAACUCGUGGCUCAGAGGAUGGCUGGCACGUGGGGCGCAGUGUGUUGCCACUGCCACAUCCCCCCCUUACCCCUUGGAGCCCCGCCUGCCGCGCGGUGACUUCCCCCAGCUUUGCAAAUACGUGGCCCCGCUUCUGAACCGUUUCCAGACACCACAGGGUGGGUGGGCUUCUGGUCCUUCGGGGCUGAUCUGCGCUGGCUAAGCCCCUCGUGUGGGGGCGUGGCUUUCCUCGUGGCGCCUCGCGGCGGCCCGACCGCCAUACAUGGUCACUGCGGCUGCAGCAGCACCGGUGACUCACCCCCAGGAGGCUGAUUUAACUGAACAGCAGGAGCCAGUGAGGGGCUGCUGCACCCUGGGGGCUGGGAGCCCCCAAAGUGUCAUUCUCACCUGCCCGGAAACAGCCCGGGGGCAGCUCCGAGCAGACCCAGACCUCAGAUGCCGGGCCAGGGCACCGACAGCCUGGUCCUGGUGGAUCAACGUGAUGCGGUCCCAGGAGCGGGGCGUUGACUUUUAUUUUGAAGUUGGGUCUUUCUUGAACUGAGGGCCCGCUGCUUUCCCUAUAAAAUGCUGGUCUUGAGACUGACUCCGGUGCGGUGCUGCUGGGGAGGAGAGGGCUGCUUUAGAUACUUAUUUAGUCACGGCCUGUGGUAGUUCGUGAUUGUUGGGCGCCGGGCCAUGGAAUUUUUCUGAGCAUUUUCGCUUGAGACUGUUACGGGAUUUCCAGGCCUUUGUGUGAGGCCUCUGGCAGAGAAACUGCAGCCAGCCCAGCAGCUCUUGGGGUCAGGGCCAGAGCUAUUCCUCCUCCGGGGACAGCCUGGAGACGGUUCUGGAGGCAGAGGACUUUAUGUCGUUUCCUGAGCCUGUGAAUCAGAGAGAGAGAGAGGGAGAGGGAGAGAGAGAUCCCUCUCUCCUGGACUUUGCCAGAGCCCUGUGGGUGCAGCGGGAGAGGGUCCGUUGCUGAAAUGCCGGGUGAUGAGACAUCUGUCACCUGUGCGUGGCAGAAUGGGAAAACCAUGGACUUUCCCCAGCACAGCCAGCACGUCUUGGAGCAGCUGAACCAGCAGCGGCAGCUGGGGCUUCUGUGUGACUGCACUUUUGUGGUGGACGGUGUUGACUUCAAGGCCCAUAAAGCAGUGCUGGCGGCCUGCAGCGAGUACUUCAAGAUGCUCUUCGUGGACCAGAAGGACGUGGUGCACCUGGACAUCAGUAACGCGGCAGGCCUCGGGCAGGUGCUGGAGUUUAUGUACACGGCCAAGCUGAGCCUGAGCCCUGAGAACGUGGACGACGUGCUGGCUGUGGCCAGCUUCCUGCAGAUGCAGGACAUCGUCACGGCCUGCCACGCCCUCAAGUCCCUCGCCGAGCCCGCUGGCAGCCCCGGGGAGACUACGGUGGCCUCAGCCACGGAAGGAGGAGACAAGAGAGCCAAAGAGGAAAAGGCGGCUGCUGCCGUGCUGAGCGAGCCGGACCCGGCCGGAAGCGGUCCACCCACGGGCCCAGACAGGGAGCCCAAGGAGGAGCGGGGCGGCCAGGCUGAGAGCACGGCCAGCGGUGCCGAGCAGACCGAGAAGGCCGACGCCCCCCGGGAGCCGCCCUCCGUGGAGCCCAAACCCGACCCCACGAGCAGCAUGGCUGCUGCGGAGGCCGAGGCCGCCUUGUCGGAGAGCUCGGAGCAAGAAAUGGAGGUGGAGCCGGCCAGGAAAGGAGAAGAGCAGGAAGAUGAAGGCGCAGCGGCCGCCGAGGUCAAGGAAGAGGGGCCGCCGCUGGAGAAGGGGGAGCCCCCCGAGGAGAGCGAGGAGUCUGCCAGCACGGACUCGGGCCAGGAGCUGGGCACCGAGGCCCGGGGCCCGCGCUCGGGCACCUACGGCGACCGCACCGAGUCCAAGGCCUACGGCUCGGUCAUCCACAAGUGCGAGGACUGCGGGAAGGAGUUCACGCACACGGGCAACUUCAAGCGGCACAUCCGCAUCCACACGGGCGAGAAGCCCUUCUCGUGCCGGGAGUGCAGCAAGGCCUUCUCGGACCCGGCCGCCUGCAAGGCCCACGAGAAGACGCACAGCCCGCUGAAGCCGUACGGCUGCGAGGAGUGCGGCAAGAGCUACCGGCUCAUCAGCCUGCUGAACCUGCACAAGAAGCGGCACUCGGGCGAGGCGCGCUACCGCUGCGGGGACUGCGGCAAGCUGUUCACCACGUCGGGCAACCUGAAGCGCCACCAGCUGGUGCACAGCGGCGAGAAGCCCUACCAGUGCGACUACUGCGGCCGCUCCUUCUCCGACCCCACCUCCAAGAUGCGCCACCUGGAGACCCACGACACCGACAAGGAGCACAAGUGCCCGCACUGUGACAAGAAGUUCAACCAGGUGGGGAAUCUGAAGGCCCACCUGAAGAUCCACAUCGCGGACGGGCCCCUCAAGUGCCGAGAGUGUGGGAAGCAGUUCACCACCUCAGGGAACCUCAAGCGGCACCUUCGGAUCCACAGCGGGGAGAAGCCCUACGUGUGCAUCCACUGCCAGCGGCAGUUCGCGGACCCCGGCGCUCUGCAGCGGCACGUCCGCAUCCACACAGGCGAGAAGCCGUGCCAGUGCGUGAUGUGCGGCAAGGCCUUCACCCAGGCCAGCUCCCUCAUCGCGCACGUGCGCCAGCACACCGGCGAGAAGCCCUACGUCUGCGAGCGCUGCGGCAAGAGGUCCUGCCCCGCCCGUCCCUCCCAUGCCCGGCGCCCUGCACGGUUCGUCCAGUCCAGCCAGUUGGCCAAUCACAUCCGCCACCAUGACAACAUCCGCCCUCACAAGUGCAGUGUGUGCAGCAAGGCCUUCGUGAACGUGGGGGACCUGUCAAAGCACAUCAUCAUCCACACUGGAGAGAAGCCCUACCUGUGUGACAAGUGCGGUCGUGGCUUCAACCGCGUGGACAACCUGCGCUCCCACGUGAAGACCGUGCACCAGGGCAAGGCGGGCAUCAAAAUCCUGGAGCCAGAGGAGGGCGGGGAGGUCAGCGUGGUCACCGUGGAUGACAUGGUCACGCUGGCCACCGAAGCGCUGGCGGCAACCGCUGUCACUCAGCUCACAGUGGUGCCAGUGGGGGCCGCGGUGACCGCCGACGAGACGGAAGUCCUUAAGGCCGAGAUCAGCAAAGCUGUGAAGCAAGUCCAGGAGGAAGACCCCAACACCCACAUCCUCUAUGCCUGCGACUCCUGUGGGGACAAGUUCCUGGACGCUAACAGCCUCGCCCAGCACGUGCGGAUCCACACGGCCCAGGCGCUGGUCAUGUUCCAGACGGACGCGGACUUCUACCAGCAGUACGGGCCGGGCGGCACGUGGCCGGCCGGGCAGGUGCUGCAGGCCGGGGAGCUGGUCUUCCGCCCUCGGGACGGGGCCGACGGCCAGCCUGCUCUGGCGGAGACGCCCCCCACCGCCCCUGAAUGUCCACCGCCUGCUGAGUGAGCAGGCGUCUCUCCUCUGACUGUUUAUUUAAGGAUGGACGGCACCCUAGAUCUGAGAGGGGUGGCCCCGUUCCCUAGAGAAUAAAUUGGAUUAUUUUCUAA